CCAACAAGUUAGCCUGAAUGCCCGGAUGAGGCGGCGGCAUCUGAUUCGCCCAGAUGGCCUCCACGUUGCUCCACGGGAUAUGUUGUUCGUGGACUACAGACGGACUACAAAACAAACAGCAAGUCUUAUAUCUUUCCGUUUUUGACAAAAUAUCUCAACCUUUCGUGUGUCUUGAGUAUAUAUGUUCACAGGGACUAAUCCGGGAUCCUGACAGGAGAUAGCUAGACUGAAAACCUCAUCAUAAAGGACAAAGCCGGCGUAUUCCCUGGCUUCUUCUUCGAAUUUUCCCGUGCCACCUUAAACGGUGCAGCAGGAACGUUCUGGCGCUUGAAGGGCGAUUGUGACUGCCUCACCAUUUAAGGUGGAACAGGAAAAUACGAAUAAGAAGCUGGCUAAUAGGUGGCAAACUUCAGCCUCGUGUAUAAAGGACAGUUUUUGAGGAGUGAACAGUGGGGGACAUACUGGACUGUACUGGGCUGCGGUUCGCUGUGGUUCCACAAGCCUUCAUAAGGCAGUAAGACCUGCAGAACCAGGCCUGUCCACUGUAGAUCCAAAGGAAUGCAGUCACUGAGGUCUCUGUUGAAGCCAAAGCUGCCAAAGCUGGUGACCCCUCAGCCCUUGUCCAGCUAUGUGUCCCGGAUAAGAUAUCUGAUGAAGCUGAAGGAGGACGAUGAAGCGUGCCGGGAGGCCCUCAAAUCUGGAAGCCUGCUGCUUUACCACAAACUCGCUCCUCUGCUGCAGAAGAAGGAGAAAGGCAUCUAUCAGCUGCCACGUCUGAGGACUCCAGAUGUCAAACGAAUCCUGGAGAAGCUCGGCCGAGACAAAAAGCUCAUCAGCGAGGCUGUUCUCAUUAGUUGUCCUGAGACUGCUGAGCCUUGUUUCUGUCUGGAUGUGGGUGAUUUACAGAAGAAUAGCAUGGAACAGCUUUGUGGUGGUGUUUUCAUGGACCUUCGAACAGCCUUCCUUAUGCUUACAGUACCAGAAACCACAUUGGUGGCUAAAGGUCAGGCCCUCUUGAGGUGGCAUCAGACGCAUGGCUUCUGCAGUGCGACUGGACAGCCCACGGUUCGGAAUCAGUCUGGCAGCCAGAGAGUGUCUCCUAAUAGCGGCAUCACCUACUACCCCCAAAUGGCGCCGGUAGUGAUCGUUUUGGUGUCUGAUGGGAAUAGGUGUCUGCUGGGCCGUCAGCGCUCCUUCCCACCGGGCAUGUACAGCGCACUGGCGGGCUUCUGCGACCUGGGGGAGACGCUGGAGGAGACUCUGCGGAGGGAGGUGGCUGAGGAGGUGGGACUGGAGGUGGACACGCUGCAGUACUCGGCCUCGCAGCACUGGCCGAUCCCACAGAGCUCCUUCAUGCUGGCCUGCCACGCUACGGUUAACCCAGACAAAACACAGGUGGUUCUGAACAAGGCCGAGUUGGAGGACGCUCGUUGGUGUAGUCUGGAGGAGGUCCUGGCUGCACUGCAGGUUAAGUACCCACCCAACAAACCUGGCGCGACUCCGCCGGGCUUCUGGGUGCCUCACGGUUUCGCUAUAGCCCAUCGCCUCAUCCAGGAGUGGGCCGACCAGCAGCAGCACCUCGAAAAGAAAUAGCACAGGGCUCAACGUGGGACACAGCUGGAACAGCAUCUACAUCAUCAACCUCGGUCCACUUUUUACUACACACUGACUACUUCAAAAUCUGCUAAAUCAGAAAGCAGAGAGGAGAUGAAAGUGCCUAAAACACUAAAAUUACAGUUUAGCCCCUCAGAUAUGCUGUAGGGCUAUAGGUGUUUAGCUGGAGAUGCUGAAAUUCUGAAAGCUUCACUAUGUUCCUUUAAAAUUUAAGAAAGUAGCUUUAUUAAGCUUCCUUUCAGUACCAGUACCAAUACCCGAUCCUUUAGUAUCAACUGAUACCGAGUACUGAUACAGAUACUAACUCUAUCUAACCUAACUCACGUAUAUCGUUAUUAAUAUUUCUAAACAUUUUAUUUUGGUCAAAUCUAUGUUCUAUGCAUCAAAUAAAACACACUCAAAUUCGCUAGGUGGCAUUUAGUUGUUGGAUUAUAUUUAUACGAUGCUUAAAAAAACAUUUAGUUGAUUUACUGUAUAUAAUUAGUAUUUAAUAUUAUAUAAUGAAUAAUAAGAACCAUUUAGCAACUUAAGAAAGAUAUUUUAUGUUUACUUGUGCAAAGCAGUUAAAAACAGAGCUGAACAGUAUGUAGAUAAACCUGUGGUGUUUACACAGCAGCUUCUCUGGCUCAAAAACGGAGCCGAAUGCUGUUUCACAUUCAAAUUUCUCAAGUCGUUUGCCUCGUACGUGCGUCUUGUUCACUUGUGCUGCUUCUCUGAGCGUCAGUUCAGUAAAUAUCACCGUUGUUCAUGCAUCAUUUUUAGCAAGUGGUUUUACUGGCUUGGUUGAAGCGAGACUCCACUGCCGAGUGAUACAGCUGGCUGAUGGAGUCGAACCGCAGGCGGGCCUAGUAGAUACACAGACCUGGCUAACAGGCUGCUAUGCUGAAGGCUAAAUCAAGGCUAAAGGUUCUUUAUGCAGAAAGUCUGGCGGUCCCGUCUGCUCUCUUAAUAACAUAAACUCAGACUGUAAGUGACCAAACAGCGCCAGAUGAGUGAGUACUGAAAGCAGCAGCUCAGCCAAUCAGGUACGCGGUUCCGUUAGCACUUUAUUAACACCAAAAACUGCUGUUACAGCAUUUUUACUGCUGCUCGUGGUCCCACCCUGCCGACAUGGUGUUAAGUUCCACCCACUGGUACGUAUGCCUGUGUCAGAAAUGGCUUCAUCACCAAUACUGAUACUGCGUUUAAGUGCCAGUAUCAGCACCGAUACCUAGGGCUGGGUGAUGUUAUCACAUUAAAAAAUGUAUCGAUACAUAAACCGAUAAAUGUCAAAUUGUUAUUUCUUUCAAGCUUGAAGUCUGAUUUUUUUUUUUGGGGUGGUUAAUUGCUGUUUUAAACUAUUCUUUAUGGUCAGAACAUGACAAACACUCACCAACCAGUAGAAUAUUUCACCAAUCUGUCAUGGCUGAGUGGGAGAACGUUCAGGUCAGCUGUUUUUACCAACUGGAACAGCACGGCUGCAAUUUUCGUGAUAUUUAUAAUGUAAGAAAGCAAUUAAUUUCUAGUUGUCUGGCUACAAGUGCUGAACCGUUUAUUUUCUCAAUACUGUCACCUUAAUAUGAACAGACAUUAGUUGGCUCGGUUAAUCAAUGAUGGCCCACACUGCAAUCACUCCGACCACAUCCAUGUCGGAGCACAUCACAGUAUUCAAACACCAGCUAGCAACGACUGGACUUCUGUGGUCUACCAUAGUAAUUGGAAGGUGGAAGAACCGCAAUGUAUCUGACGCUCGCAGUGUAUUAGCAUUGACUGCGGUGUGAUUUUUCUCACAUUACACAAACAACACGCCCCUUUUAGGUAUGUUUAAACUGAAUUCAGUGCUAUUUUGUUCUUGUUUUAUCUACAGUAACAUCAGUUCGGCCGUGAAAGAGCACUGCUUCAAGCUAGCCAGCUGCUAAAAACAGUUAGCCUUUGAAGCUAGUGUUCCCCCGCUCUCCAGUGCCACUUAUCUCAUCGCUCACACUUGGAUCAGGUUAGGAGUUUAUCAACACGUCGUACGUCUUUACGUAUCAACACAUGCGUUUUGGCUCAAAAAGAAGGUCCGGCUCGAUUUUUUUAGGUCUCAAAUGACCUCAAAAUCAACAUCAUACUGAUGAAGAUAAGAUGACAAUGGUAGAUAAUGCUCUUACUUCCUCAGACGCAUCUUUAAAUUCUCUUUCAGUCAUCAGACACAUCUGCUCAGGGAAGGGGACCGAAGCACAACCCACAGUAUAAAAUGUAUCAAUUCCCCAAAUCUUACAUAGUGCAGCUUCAAAUUUCAAUAGAAAGGACUGUUUAAUAUGGCUUGGUACUGUGGAUGUGAAAAUGAUUCAGAUUCAUUUACACUGAUACAUUCUAAAUAAAGAUUCUUUAAGGGUUCUUUAGCAAAAACAGUAGUUCUAUACAGAACCAUGAAGUCGCUCAACCAUCUGCAUGCUUAAAAUGUUCUUUGCCUGGUGAACUGAUUCUUCAAAUUGAUGGAGAAUAUGUGAUGUGUGGUAUAUGGAUCUAGAUAGGCGCUUUUUGACGAUGGUCCUAUAUAGCACCAAAAUUGGGUUCUAUUGUUAAGGUUUCAAGCUUGUUGUUACAGUAGAAGAACCAUUACUGGUGCUUUAUAGAACCAUUUUUUUAAAAGGCCUCUAUAUACAACCCUUUCACCAUGCAAAGAGCCUAUUUUAGCAUGCAAGUGUCUCUUUGAGUGCUCAUGGUUCUGUGUAGAACCACUGUCUCUCGUAAAGAUCCCAUCUUCUUAAGGAGUGUAACAGAGCAUUACUGGGUCCAGUCUUUUUAUGCUAGACCUUCUGUGAUCUGUGCAGUGUUUCAGGCCCUAAACUGAAUCAAAGAACGCGGCCUGUAACUGUAGCUGUGAUAGCUUUAGUGUGGUGGUGAUUGUAAUGACACAGUUAUUAUGUAGGAUUUUAGUUUGACACUACUGUCUAAAAUUAGGGGAAAAAAUCGAAUUGAAAUGCUGAUUCUUAGAACUCAAUUCAGAGAAAACUGUGAUCAACUAGGCCCCUUUGCUUCAUAUACUAAAGCUGAGAAAGAAACCUGGGUGUAAUCCUAGAUCAUGAGCUCUGUUUCGUCUGUUUUGAGGAACUUAUUCAUUUGCUCAUAACUGUAAUGUUCAUUUUGUUGGACCUCCUAUGAAAAUAGUAAGUCCUUUACAACCAAAGCUACGUUCACAUUACAAGCCUCAUUGCUCAAGUCUGAUCUCUCUGACACGGUGGUUCACACUGGUUUAGGAAAGUGACUGAAAUCUGUCAUUAAUGUGAACAAACCCGCGUCCUGAAAUGACCCACAUGCACAUGUCCUACUCAGUCACGUCACAUGAAUGAAUCACGAGCAUCAUCAGCUCAAAGUAACGUUCAGAACGAGCUUCGCUGAGAAGAUCAUUAACUCAGCU